AGCCGUCUUGGCCCAGGCCGCCACGCGGCAGGGUCCGAGACCUGGAGGGGCGAGUUUUUUUUUUGCUGCUGUGGUGGUGGCCGCGCCUCUUCCUCGGCGAGUCCCCGCAGCCAUGCAGGUCUGUUCUGUGCACGGCAAGCGGCGGCGCGUGGACUGCCUUGCGGAGGACGGGGCGGGCGGCCUCUGCUGCAUCCCCGGCGAGGAGUGCAAGCAGGGCGGUGAGGGCGGCGCCAGCGGGGCGUGCAAGUGGUGCGAGCUGGGCGAGUGCUGGACCCACGGGCAGAUGCCGAAGCCUGGUAAGGACGACGCGUCGCCGAAGGAGACGUGCUCCGUGCACGGUAAGCAGAGGAGCGCCGACUGCCUGGAGCCCGACGGCGCGGGCGGCUUCCGGUGCAUGGGGGGCGCCGAGUGCAAGAUGACUGGCGACUGGUCGGGCGGCGGAGGCAAGGGGAAGGGCAAGUGGGACUACAUGUCGUGCGGCAAGGGCCAGUGGGACAUGUGGAUCGCCAUGAUGAAGGGCAAGGGCGGCUGCAAGGGCGGCGGCAAGGCGUGCGGCAAGGCCGGCGGCAAGCCUGGCUGCAAGUGGUGCGAGCAGGGCGAGUGCUGGACCCACGGCGGCAAGGGCGCGGGCAAGUUCUCUCCCUUCUGAGCGCCCCUCUACCCCUACAGCCUCACCCGGUCUCCCCCUCCGCUUUCGGUCGUCGUCGUC